AGGAAAUUUUGGCGACAUCCCAUUGUUGCACAAAGAGUCGCUUCAACGGAUGAAAGCGAGGCAACGGGUGAAAGUCGAAGAGUGUCCGUCUGUCCAAUGAUAGUUCACGAAGGUGAGGAAGCACAUCCCAAGGAAGAAGAUCUCAAGAGAAAAGGAUUUAAUACUUUUGCUGUAGGGAAGGAGGAGAUUGGUGAAAAAUUGCUGAGAAAUUGUCCUAAAAACUUUCACACAUAG